CCACGUGACUAGGACGCAGUCCUCCACAGCCCUGACAGGUGUUUUUUUUUUUCCAGAGUUAUGCGGAACUUGUAAGUCUCGAUCGGCGUGUGUUUGUUGUGGCUUCCUUUGUUGAGUCAGCCCACUCGAGAUUCAAAGCAGAGGAAGGCGGAUGUCAAGUGUUCAAACAAGCAGAACUACAACAAGUGCACUCAGCAUGGACGCAUCGGCAGUGUCCUCUCGUUCGUCUCGAGCCCUCCUUUAAGACCUCCUGUUGGCUUCGUUCUUUCCCUUUUGAUAUUCAACCUCUCUAGUGGCAGGCAAUGAAGUUUUACGGCCGUAUCCAGCUCCGAAUCGGGGAAGCGGUGGACCUGAAACCGACCACUUUCUCCCGGCGCCACUCCAAGAUUUUCAUGAAGAACGCCUCGACGAACAUGGACCCGUACAUUGUCCUUAAAGUGGACGAUGUCAAAGUGGGUCAAACUCACACCAAACAGAAAACCAACUCUCCGACCUACAAUGAGGAAUUUUCCUUCUCCGUGCAAGACGGACAACACGUCGAGCUGGCUGUUUUCCACGAAACCCCCAUCGGAUACGACGACUUUGUGGCGAAUUGCACCAUCCGCUUUGUGGACCUCAUCACUACCGCCAACACUGACACGUUCGACGAGGGAUGGAAGGACUUGGAGCCCGAAGGCCGCAUUUACGUCCUUAUUAAGCUGAAUGGAUCCUUCAUAGAUGACGAGGCCAUCGUGAUGCCGGCAAACCACAAGGAGUUUAGCAGGAAGCGUCAGGGGGCCGUGAGACGGAAAGUCCACCAGGUCAACGGGCACAAGUUCAUGUCCACUUUUCUUCGCCAGCCCACCUUCUGUUUUCACUGCAAAGAUUUCAUCUGGGGUGUUUUUGGAAAGCAGGGCUACCAGUGCCAAGUGUGUACAUGUGUGGUUCACAAGCGAUGCCACGAGCAAGUUGUCACUGUGUGUCCACGCAUGAAGGGGUCAGAGUACGUCAGCCCAGGCUUCAGCAUCAACAUUCCUCACCAGUUCCAUAUUCACAACUAUAAGUCACCCGCUUUCUGUAACCACUGUGGAUCGCUCCUAUGGGGAUUUGUCCGGCAGGGCCUACACUGCAAGAUCUGUAAACUCAAUGUUCACAUUCGAUGCCAAGGCAACGUUGCACAGAACUGCGGCGUCAACACCGUGGAGCUGGCCAAAAAGCUGGCAGAGAUGGGGAUACAUGCCCGCGAUCUCUCCGAAAGAAACACCUCAAGAUUCGGUUCAGGUAAAACCAAGAUGCCCUCUGAAAGGAAGAAGAGUGUGAAAAGUCAGCCAGAGAUGCCUCAAUAUGGAAUCUCAGACUUCACAUUUCUUCAAGUGCUAGGCAAGGGGAGCUUCGGCAAGGUCAUGCUUGCCAGACUCAACAACAGAGAUCGGGUUUUCGCAGUCAAGGUGCUGAAAAAAGACAUCAUCUUGCAGGACGAUGACGUGGAGUGUACCAUGACUGAAAAGAGGGUGCUGACACUGGCCAGCGUUCACCCGUACCUCACUCAGCUCUACUGCUGCUUCCAGACACAGGACCGUCUGUUCUUCGUGAUGGAGUUUGUCAAUGGUGGGGAUCUGAUGUUCCACAUUCAGAAGUCCAGAAGAUUUGAUGAGUUCCGGGCAUGUUUCUACACCGCGGAGAUCACCUCGGCUCUCAUGUUCCUGCAUGGCAAAGGCAUCAUCUAUCGGGAUCUCAAGCUGGAUAAUGUUCUCCUUGACAAGGACGGCCACUGUAAACUGGCAGACUUUGGCAUGUGUAAAGAAGGCAUAUUUGAAGGCAUCGGAGCGAGAACCUUCUGCGGUACUCCUGAUUACAUUGCCCCAGAGAUCCUUCAGGAAAUGGUGUACGGCGCCUCUGUUGAUUGGUGGGCGCUCGGAGUGCUACUGUACGAGAUGCUGCAAGGCCACGCGCCCUUUGAGGCCGAAAAUGAAGAUGACCUCUUUGAGGCCAUCCUCCAUGAAGAGAUUGCUUAUGCCGCUUGGCUCAGUGUCGAGUCCGUGAAUAUCCUCAAAGCUCUCCUGACCAAAAACCCACUCCAGCGCCUGGGUUGUGUGCCAUCGGAGGGUGGCGAAAUUGCUGUGACCAGCCAUGCCUUUUUCAGAAACAUUGACUGGGAGAUGCUGAAUCGUCGAGCCAUCGAGCCACCUUUCAAGCCCAAGAUCAAAACACCAGAAGACGUCAACAACUUUGACCCGGACUUUACGAGAGAAGAGCCCACCCUCACGCCCAUCGAUGACUCCUCUCUGUCCUCCACCAAUCAGGAUGAGUUUGAAGACUUUUCAUACACUUCAUCCGAGAUGCUGGAAAACUGAGAGCGUCCGCGCUGAUUUGCUAAUCAGGCUGUGCUCUCAGUCUAUGUCCAAGACAGUUCUCGGCCGUACAGUAUGACUCUGUUACAUUCCCCACAGGCAUGAGAGCGUAAAAUGGAUUGGAGUCAGUCAGACACAGGACACACUUCUCAAAUGACAUUUUGCUUGGACUGACUACAAUAUGGCGUGAUGGACUUGUACAUUUUUUUUUUUUUUUGCCAAACUGUAUGUAUGUAGUUUUCUACCAUUGGAAUAGCUCACAUUAUGGUUGACUUGGUACUUCAUGUUGUGCUUCAGCAAAUUGGGCAUAGAGUCAUCUUUUUUUACUUCCAGCAAUUUACUGAAUGACAAACUGGCUGAGUGUGUACAAUCAUUUAUUUCCUGUGACACACACCACCCUGGGGGGCGAAAAAAAAAAUUCCACUAAGCCACUCCCACUAGAUAAAUAAAAAUAAAAUAUUGUAUUGAAGAAUGAAGCUUAAAGUCGGCACUCUACACGAUGCAAGUGGGAAGAUAUGUUGUUAAAUGUAGACUGAGACAGUAUUUAUUUUUGUUUUUCUCAUCAGUCACAGUCUAGCAAACUCAUCAUGUUGAGGAUGAUGCAAGAUUUCAUUCGUGGUAAAAGCUCAUGUGAGUCAUUCUACAACCUCUGAAUUUUUAAAAAUGUUGACAUACAUUCGUCUGUUCACCCAGGAUGAAUGCUAGUGAUAUUUUUGAACUCGUCGGCAAUUACUGAAUUAUUUCUUAUUUCUCUUGUCGCUUUACAGUUGCAGUCAUUUAUUUGCGGCUCCUAUUCGUCUGUUUCAUUCCUCAAAAAAAAAAA